AUGAUUUUACAAUCAAUCUCUGCGAGCUUCGAUUUCUCGCAGCCAUUUCCUCAGCAGCAAAACUGUCCAUGUGGGAAUUUCGUCAACCCAAGAAAACCGCAGAAUAUCUUUUCGCUUCCUUCCUCUAAACGAAGAAUAAAACAGCUACUUGUUACCAAAUCUUCGCGUGGAAGUGCAAGAAGAAAAUGGGGUUUCAGUGCUUGUGCGAUUUCACCUGAUGGCCCUGGGCCCAGUAUGAAUGUAGAGCUUGCAAAGUCAGCCAGACGGAAUGCCAAAAUCUUGGUGCUAAAGCGUUUAUCCAGUGAAUUGGAUGCCGAUGAAUUUUCCAAAGAUUCACCACAAAUUCAAAUGGGCACCAAUUUCACCAACUUCCAAGAAGACCCGUUUGUAGAUAAGCUUAGAACUCAGCUAGGAGUCAUACACCCCAUUCCCUCGCCCCCGAUAAACCGAAACAUUGCGGGGUUGUUUGUGUUCUUCUUCUUUGUAGGCGUUGUGUUUGAUAAAUUGUGGACUUCAAGGAAGAAAAGCAAGUCGGGAAGUGAGAAUGGUCGGCGUGAGGGGUGGCCGCAAGUGCCCACGAGCUUUUCAUUGUUUCUGGAGAAGGAUUUGCAGAGGAAAGAGUCGGUGGAAUGGGUGAACAUGGUUUUGGGGAAGCUGUGGAAAGUUUAUAGAGCUGGGCUUGAGAAUUGGCUCAUUGGGUUGCUUCAGCCGGUCAUUGAUGAUUUGAAGAAGCCCGACUAUGUUGAGAGAGUUGAAAUCAAGCAGUUUUCUUUGGGGGAUGAGCCUUUGUCUGUUAGGAAUGUUGAGAGGAGGACGUCCCGUCGUGUCAAUGAUCUCCAGUACCAAAUAGGCCUACGUUAUACUGGUGGUGCUCGAAUGCUGUUAAUGCUCACACUAAAAUUUAGCAUUAUUCCCAUUUUCGUGCCAGUUGGUGUUCGAGAUUUUGAUAUUGAUGGAGAACUUUGGGUCAAAUUGCGACUAAUACCAACAGAGCCUUGGGUGGGAGCUGUUUCUUGGGCUUUUGUUUCACUUCCCAAGAUCAAAUUUGAAUUGUCACCCUUCCGCUUGUUCAAUUUGAUGGCAAUUCCCGUUCUUUCAAUGUUUUUGACAAAACUUCUCACUGAGGAUUUACCUAGAUUAUUUGUACGCCCAAAAAAGAUCGUCUUAGAUUUCCAGAAAGUAAAAGCAGUUGGCCCAGUAGGAGACGAUUUCAAGUCGGGGGACAUACAAGAAGGAAACAAGGAUUUUGUUGGAGAAUUAUCAGUGACCCUUGUAGAUGCUCGGAAGCUUUCCUAUGUUUUCUAUGGCAAAACGGAUCCCUAUGUUACUCUAAGCCUGGGAGAUCAAAUUAUACGCAGUAAAAAGAACAGUCAAACUACUGUUAUUGGACCUCCUGGGGAGCCAAUUUGGAAUCAGGAUUUUCAUAUGCUUGUAGCAAACCCUAAAAAACAAAAGUUAUGCAUCCAAGUCAAGGAUUCUCUUGGAUUCACGGACUUAACUAUUGGUACAGGAGAGGUUGAUCUGGGAUCUCUCCAAGACACUGUACCAACAGACAGGAUUGUGGUACUGCAAGGAGGUUGGGGCCUGUUUAAGAAAGGGUCUUCUGGUGAAAUACUACUUCGAUUGACGUAUAAAGCAUAUGUGGAGGAUGAAGAGGAUGACAGAACUGGGUUGGAUUCCGUGGAUACUGACGCUUCAGAUUCAGAUGACGAGUUGUCUGAAUCUGAUGAAUCAAAGGACACAACAGAGUCUGCAAAUGAAACAGAUAAAGAGUCCUUUAUGGAUGUUCUAGCAGCUUUAAUUGUGAGUGAAGAGUUUCAAGGGAUAGUGGCAUCCGAAACAGGAAACGGCAAAAUUUUGGAUGAUAUCUCAAUUACAGGGUCAAAAAUCUCAAGAUUGCAGCGUGGACCUGAUGCCGAAUCUGCGCCUUCAAAUUCCAGUAAUGUUUCUGAAGGUUCUCAAGGAGUAGCUUUAUUUUGGCUUGCUGUAGUUGCUGGCAUAUCGGUGCUAAUUGCUACGAACAUUGGUGGCUCCAGCCUUUUCAAUCCUUGA